UUCCAUUAAUUUUGCCCUUUUUAAUUUUUCUCCCUCUUCCCCCGGCCGCCGUUCUACCUCGAUCUUCGAUUCUCCUCGCGCUGAUCCGUCCGACUUUGCAGAAUUUUCCGGUAUGGGGGACUGGUUGGAGCUCUGUCAGGCCGUGAUCGUCGGCCUCAUCUUCUCCUUCCUCAUCGCGAAGUUGAUCUCGGUCGCCAUCUCCUUCACGGAGGACAACGCCAAGGUCUUCCGCGGGGGUGAUCUGGCCAUCUCGCUCGAUGGGCCGAAGGAGGCGGGAGAAGGUGCGGGUGAGUUCGAGAAGAAAAUGGAGAGCUUUUUGGAGGAUGACAGUGACUGGGAGGGGGUUGAAUGCACCGAAUUGGACGAUGCCUUCGUUGCCGCCGCAGCUUUUGUGGCCGCUGCAGCCGCAGACAAAAAAUCGAUAAAGGUGUCGAAUGAUCUGCAGCUGCAGUUGUAUGGACUGUACAAGAUUGCGACUGAGGGUCCCUGCAUUGUGCCUCAGCCAUCUGCGCUCAAGAUGACCGCUCGUGCCAAGUGGAACGCAUGGCAGAGGUUGGGUACUAUGCCUCCUGAAGAGGCUAUGCAGAAGUACAUCAUGAUAAUCAGUGAGCUGUAUCCUUCUUGGGCAGAUGACUCUACCAAAAAAGGAUCUCAUGAUAAGCUGCCAUCUGGUUCAACUGCAAAAGGAUCAAUGGGUCCAGUGUUUAGCAGUUUUAUCCAUGAGGAAGGGCCAGAAGUUGAUUUACAUUUGGAGCCUAUACAUGUUUUUGCCAGAGAAGGACAACCUGCUGGGCUAUUGACACUUAUUACCAAGGGUGCUUCAGUAAAUUCUAGAGACAGUGAAGGGCGUACUGCUUUGCAUUGGGCUGUAGAUCGUGGGCAUCUUGAUGCCGUAAAAACACUUCUCGACAACGACGCACAUGUGAAUGCUAAGGAUGACGAAGGACAAACCCCGCUGCAUUAUGCCGCCCUGUGCGAGAGGGAAGAAAUUGCCAAGUUGCUCGUCAGCCGCCAUGCCGAUCCAUCCGUGAAGGAUAACUUCGACAGUUCACCACUCGAUCUCGGACCCCGAUGGGCUUUUCUGACAGCUUCAAGUUAGGAUAUUUACAAUGUCCACGACCACAAACGUAUAAAAGACUAAGCUAUUUGCUUCAUUCUGCUGAAUGUGAUUGCGCGUGCUGGUUGCGCUGAUCUUAUUUGAAGAUGAUUUUGAUUGCUAAUCUGAGCUGUUCCACCAUUUUCUGCAGUUCAGUUUUAUUUUUUAUAGUCCAGACCUGGGACUUCUCUUGGUUCAUCCACCAGUGAAUUUGAAAGUGCAGUGAAUUUGAAA